UCAAGUCUGAAAUUCAAUUUGGAAUCCAUGCCCUAUCAUCUCCUUCGAUUAAAAUUGCCGCCACAUCCCCCCUUCCUUCUCCUCUCCCUCAUCGCCUUGGUCUCCGUUGCCCCUCCCUCUUCUUUCUUCUUUCUGCCCUCUUCAAUUCGCCCUCUUCAUCCAACUAGAGACCAACGCCUUUGUCUCCAAGCGCCAAUCCAGUUUCCAGAUUGCGUCGAAGGGAUCGCCAAUGAUGUGAUUGGGUCGGCCUAUCGUUGAAGGAGGUCAACGUGGACCCUCUAAAGGAAGCUAUAUAUAUAUGCAACGUUACAGCGAGCUGCCAAUGCGAUAAAGUGGCACAGUCAAUUGUUCGUUUUUCUCCUUCUCUUGUCGCAAAAUCUUAAACCUUAAGCAUUAUAAAUCUGCAGUAACCCUAGUAGAGACAGAAUACUAGGUACCACAAAUGGGGAAAAUUCCACCUUCCUUCCGUUCUGCAAUUUCAAACCCAUUUCUUAGAAAGCCAUCGUCUCUAGUUCCAGCAGAAACCUCAAAAUCAACUGUAACUCCACCAGGAAAGCCCCAUAAUUUACCCAAGAAGACCUCCAAUAAAAAAUCAUCCCAACUUCCUGGAAAAGUGAGAGAAACUGAGGAUUCUGACUCUUCAACUACUCAAAAAGCACUAAAACUAUUUAAAUCUCCAAGCCUCUCUGAUGCCAAGGAUGUUUUUGACUCGAUCAUUAAGAGUUCAAAGACCUUAAUUGACCAUCGUUUUUAUAACUCCAUCUUUCAAGCAUAUGCCUCAAUCUCUACUGUCAGUGAUUCUGUUGCCUUUCUCCGACACAUGAUGAAAAGCAAUCCUACUUUCUCACCUGACAGAUCAAUAUACCACACCUUGCUCUCCCAAUCAUGUAAAACACCUGAUCCAAGCCUUGCUCCUGUUCAUCAAGCCCUGAAUUUAAUGGUCACUAAUGGCGUAAACCCUGACAAAGUUACAACUGAUAUAGCUGUCCGAUCACUAUGUUUGGCAGGUCGCUUAGAGCAUGCAAUUGAAUUGGUCAAGGAAUUGUCCUUGAAACACUCAGUCCCUGACACUUACACGUUCAAUUUUCUUGUUAAACAUUUGUGUAAAUCCAGUAAAUUGGGCACUGUCUACAAUUUUAUUGAUGACAUGCGGAACUCUUUUAAUAUAAAGCCUGAUCUUGUUACUUAUACAAUUUUGAUUGAUAAUGUUUGCAAUACAAAAAACUUACGUGAGGCUUUGCGAUUGGUGGGUGUGCUCAGAGAGGAGGGGUUUAAGCCUGAUUGCUUUGUUUACAACACAAUAAUGAAAGGAUACUGUAUGCUAAGUAAGGGAAGUGAGGCAAUUGAGGUUUAUAAUAAAAUGAAGGAGGAAGGUGUGGAGCCUGAUCUUGUCACUUACAACACUUUGAUUUUUGGCUUAUCAAAAGCUGGCCGAGUCAAGGAAGCUAAAAAGUUCUUGGGUAUCAUGGCAGAAAUGGGCCAUUCCCCUGAUGAGGUCACGUAUACCUCACUAAUGAAUGGAAUGUGCAGGGAGGGGAAUGCCUUGGGUGCAUUGGCAUUGUUGGAGGAAAUGGAAGCAAAAGGGUGCAGUCCAAAUUCAUGCACAUAUAACACACUGCUACAUGGAUUGUGUAAAUCAAGGAUGUUGGAUAAGGCCAUCGAGUUAUAUGAAGUGAUGAAAUCAGGUGGUCUGAAGCUUGAAACUGCUUCUUAUGCUACUUUUGUCCGGACUCUGUGUAGGGAUGGGAGAAUUGCAAAAGCUUAUGAAGUGUUUGACUAUGCAAUUGGGAGCAAGAGUCUGACAGACUUCACUGCUUACUCAACGUUAGAGAGCACUCUUAAAUGGCUCAAGAAGGUCAAACAACAAGGUUACACAAUUUGAUUGCUCUGCAAUGCGACGGCUGCUUAGCUGAGUUCCUCAUUGGAACCGUGGCGAACAUGUCCCUACUAAAAAUUGAGGUCGGCUGACAGCUAAACAUGGAAAUCACAUGGGUAAGCUUAAUUGUUCAUUUACGAGCCAGCUGCAGUGGUGGUGCAUAUGAGAUCUCGUAGCUGUCGAAGGAGUGUCUCGGCCUUGAUCCUUUGCUUUGAACAAGUUUCCAGCAUCAUAGCAGCGUAAAUGGGAUGCAGCAAAAUCGAGUGUGAAGGGUAAACUGCUAGGUACUGAAACCCGAUUGAACUCCCCGACUUUCAGCUUUUUAAGAUAUGUGGAAGCUCUAAGCUGCCAGUUUUUUCAUGCCAAAUGGCGCCUUCAUACACUCUUCUGGGAUCUGUUUGUGGUGCAGACCCUAAUUUUGUCAUCAAUUGUUCCUUAUUUUGGUUUCAUACUGUGCAACCAUGCCUCAUUGCGGCAUUGAUAUACAAUUGAUUUUAUAUAGCGGUAUGUUGAAAGGUGUUAAUUUCUACGCAGAUUUGUGGAGGGAAUGCUUCUAUGUAAUUCAUGCAACAAUAUGAAAAUGGCGAAAUGCGACUAGCCUUUUCAA